AAAUUUUAAUUCACCAAAACCGGGGCUAUCAGCAGAAUGGCCAAAAGCAGCUUCAAAAUUGAGCACGACUUUGAGAAAAGGCGUGCCGAGGCUACAAGAAUCAGGGAAAAGUACCCUGAUAGAAUUCCUGUGAUUGUGGAGAAGGCAGAGAGAAGCGACAUACCUACCAUUGACAAGAAGAAAUACUUAGUUCCGGCUGACCUUACGGUGGGUCAAUUUGUGUAUGUGAUUCGGAAAAGAAUUAGACUAAGUGCUGAAAAGGCUAUCUUCAUUUUUGUGGACAAUGUCCUCCCUCCAACAGGAGCAAUAAUGUCAACCAUCUAUGAUGAAAAGAAAGAUGAAGAUGGAUUUCUGUAUGUUACAUACAGUGGGGAAAAUACAUUUGGGAGCAGCUGAGUUGAUGCAGUGGCCUUAUUUACAUGUUAAUGUUGUGCUUCAAUUAAAUAAGUGGCUUUACGUCUAAUAUUUCACCCUUUCAGCGUAUAGUUUCUGUACAU